CGACUUAAGAGAUCGGGACGAGCUCACCCUCACAAUCACUCAGUGUCAUCAUCAGUGGCCCGUAACAGAACGUUAUUUUUUCCACGUGUUGUACACUGAUUUCGUGUGUGAAUUUAUUAUAACUAAAAGCUUUCAAGCGUUAAUAAACUUUAAUAAACAAUCAAUUGAUUAAUUAAUUGACAAAUAAAUUAAUUACUUGUCUUAAAACAUGACGAGUUACGCGUGUUUCCAACAGUAUGAUCUUCUCGACUCGGAAGGUUACGGAUCAGCAAGUAGUCCGGAAUCAAAUCCAAGGUCAUACCGCCAACCGCAACCUGUACCAGAGUCUUAUCCACAACCCCCUCGCUCACGUGGCAGCAGUUGUGACAGCAUAAGCUCUAUUGACAGCCACAAUCACCAAGAGUACCGCGACUUAAAUUCAUCAAUGAACGGCAGUGUAUUCCCCGGUCUCGGUGGUAGUUUUAAUUUCACCGAAUUCUACGAGGGCUACAACCGCGAAGCCGCCAAGUGUGAACAAAAUUACGAUCCUUUCAAAGCCAUCAGCUCCAAAGACCACAAAUCAAACUACCGUACUGAAUUUAUUAACGACGAUUCCUAUGAUUUGGGUUACUUAGAAAUCGAUAAACCCUUCAAAUCUCACACUCCACAUCAACAAAAACCCCCAGUCAAUAUGCAAAAUGACUUCUUCAUAAAAAACAACGUUUACAACAAUCAGGAUAACCAAAAUAUCAAAACUGAUGUGUUUGCUCACAGAACCGACGUACUCUACGCCGAAAAUUAUCAAUUAGCCACGACGAAAAAUGACUUGGAAGCCAACAGAAAUAACAAGUGUCACCAAGUUUCCACGAGGUUUCGUCGCGACAGUGAAGCGUCAAUGAGUCCCUCGCCUUAUCCGGCCCAAAAAAUAAAGGAAACCCUCCAGAAAAUAAAAAACACAACACCGGGAAUCGAAGUGAUGAGAAAGAGACGUCUUGCUGCCAAUGCAAGAGAACGAAGACGGAUGAACAGUUUGAACGACGCUUUCGAUAAACUAAGGGAUGUCGUGCCCAGUUUGGGAAAUGACAGAAAACUAAGCAAAUUCGAAACACUACAAAUGGCGCAGACUUACAUUUCCGCACUCUACGAGCUACUCCAGCGUGACUGAUGUCGUCAUCGCCUUCGACAACUGUUUCAUUUUACAUAUUUGGAAUACAGCAUUUAUUGUGAUGUCUAUUGUUAAUUUAAACAGACUGAGGUAUAUCAUUUUGUAAAUAUAUAAAUAUAAGUAUAAAAGACAUUCAUAAUUAUUUGUAAAUAGAUCACUUCAAUUAAACACUUAUCAUUAAAUGCUUUAAGUUAUUAAUUAGGAAGUUAAAAAAUUUAGCUAAUUUUGUAAAUAUAUAUAUUAUAUUUAGUGUUAAGUAGGUCGUAAUGAUAGUUUUUGUAAGCAAGUAAUUUGUUAUUUUUUAUUAAAAUUUGUAUAUGUAAUGUAUGAAAGUAUGAAUUUAUUCGCAUUGUGUAUUUUAUAUAUAUAUUGAUACGGUAUAUAUUAUAAUAUGCAGUAUGCUAAAAUGGUUUUGACUUAUUAAAUGUUCUGCACGCGAGAUGCGAGAUACCUUCCCGUCACCUUCGUAUCGCCGACGCCAUUAUCAUAAUCAUCAGUGUACAAGUACUUAGCAGUCAAUCACAAUUAAAUACAAUUUUGUGGCUGGCGCAAAAGACGGCAUAAGCCGAUGAAUAUAUGCGAGUCGACGGUGACGGGGAAGAUGUAAAAAGAGAGCAAAUUGAAAUCUUCUAGCCUGUAGACUGUAGACCACUGACGGAAUGAUAGAUGGUGCACGUACGACCAUCAACGGACAAUGACCACCCUACAUGACGACCUCCACGAUUAUAUAUAUAUAUAUUUUUUUUUAUAUACAUUUUGUAUACGCUUUUUAAAAAGACAUUGUGACGAUAUUUAUUUUAUGAUAAUUAAUGUGAAAAUUUAUUAAUUAAAACUUUUUUUUUUACUUCCAUUAUUUGAAUAUUUGGAAAAAUUUUAUAAAAAUUAAAUCAAUAAAAAAA